GGGAAAUGGCUCUCUGGAAGGUCUGUGGGUUUCGCCGGCACCCGUUAAUUUUUGCGCCGGUUCGAGUUACAUCUUCAUCCUCCUAUUUCUCUUCAGAACUCCAACGCACCCGCAACAUGAACGUCUCUCCCGCGCAUUCUGUGGCGGCCGAGUCUUCUUCCUCACUGAUUUCCGCGGCACCUCCGCGGAAGAACAGUCGGUGGAAGCCUAUGUGUUUGUACUUCACUCAGGGUAAGUGCACUAAGAUGGAUGAUGAAAUACAUACUGAGAGGUUCAGUCACAACUUCUCCAUCGCUGGGAAGGUAGCGUCCAAUGCUUCGCAAUCGGUGAAUUUGAGGCAACAGGGUUUAGAGUUUCUUCUUGUGCUUGAUUUGGAAGGGAAAGUUGAAAUUCUUGAAUUUCCGGUACUGCUGUUUGACACAAAAACCAUGGAUGUUAUUGAUUUCUUUCAUAGGUUUGUUAGGCCCUCAAAAAUGAGUGAGCAGAGAAUAAGUGAGUAUAUAGAAGGCAAAUAUGGAAAAUUUGGAGUUGACAGGGUUUGGCAUGAUACGGCUAUCCCAUUCAGAGAAGUUAUUGAGCAAUUUGAGGCUUGGCUAGGUAAAAAUGAGUUGUGGCAAAAGGACAAGGGUGGCUGUCUAAGUAAGGCUGCAUUUGUAACAUGGGAACUGAAUAUUCCCCCGUUCGGAAGUCACCAUCUCGGAAUAGACGAUUCAAAAAACAUUGCAAGGGUAUUGCAGCAUAUGCUGAAUGAUGGUGCGUACUUGCAGGUAACUGCUAAAAGAAGUCAUGCUUGUGAAGAAGUUAAAUUUCUUUUUAAAAAUCGUAUUAGAUAGAUGGGUUGGCAAAAGCUCAAGCCAGUUUCAUGUUCUUUUGGCCUUGUUUUCUCGACUUACUUUAAUUGUUCCUUGUGAUCGUGUCUAGCGUGAAGGAUGCCGCCUUCUUCUUCUUCUCACUUGUAGCACAGAUUCAAUUUGCAACUUAUGCUCCAUAUACUUUAAUAACGUAAAAUCAGUUUGGUGAUCUUCUUAUAAAGUAUUGAAUUGCAAGUAAAACGUGUUGAGCUGUACCAAUGAAGAAACGUUUGUUUC